UGAUUGUUUCUUGUGAAAACGACAUAACAAGCAUUUAAAAAUUAUUGAAAAACCUAUUGUUUAAACAAUGCCUACUGCAGAAAGCAAAGAGAGUGCCGGUCAGCUAUUGGAUGAACUCUAUUUGGACAUGUUCCAUCUCAUUGAAGAGCACACUAAGUGUCGAAUUAACAUCGAACGAACGAAUGCUAGUGGAGCUAUACUUUUAGCAAGAACAAAGUACCAGCAAGGCGGCAGCACUAUAUCUACGGCACAAAUACCCACGGAGAACAGCGGAGAAUUUAAUGCCCUCUGUCGGGUCGUCAGCAGGACCCGUGAUGUGGAUCCAAAGACGAGUAUGGAAAUUAGCAUCGAACGUCAUAUGGUGGACAAGGAGAAUGGCUACGUAGAGCCGCUGCACUGGUUCAGUGUACUGCCACCCAUGAGUUUACGCGGCGCCGUGUUAAAAUUCAAAGAUUGUAUAGAGCUUGUGGUCGAAAGUACCAAUCUUCAGCGGGAGCUCAACACGGUAUUGAGAAGCAUUGGCAAGUUGCGCCAGUAUGUUGCGCGGCAAUAGUUAUAAAUUCCACCAUUUAUUGUAAAUAAAAAUAAAGUUUCAGAGAUACAUAGAUCAUCAA